AUAAACCUUAAAAAUAUUACAUUGUUAAAAGCUAUUCAAACUAUUGAAAUUAUUUAAAAAUUGUAAUUAUACAAUUCCAUAACCAUAAUAAUGAUACGAUCGCUGAAUCCUGAUGAGCUGAAUGAGCUAGAAGUGGAAUACGAUAUAGAUUCCUAUAUCGUCCUGGCGGAGUCUCUAUCGGCAUUCAAAUUUCCUCCCUCUAUGAAAAUAACUUUCAAUCAAACCACCAAACCUUGCCAAAAUAAAAAGUUAUUACGGUACAUGAGGGAGGAAUAUGGAUUAACCCACUACAGAGAAUUUCAUCUGGGUGGGUCAGGAGACUUCGUCACGUACGUGCUUGUAAUGGGCACUUCGUCAAUACCAGUGGGAUCAAAAUUAUAUUUUUUAAACAGAGGACUUCGAGAUGGACUUGCCAAAUUACCUUUAACAUCAAAAACAAUAAAUCAUGGCUUCCCCACUGGUUGCCACGAAACAAGUGAACACGUACGUCUGUUCGCAGAGGACGCGGAUAUAGUAUUCCACGAGCUGGACGCCUUCAUCAAAGGGGAACGGGAACGGGCUGACCCGUCCAAUAAUUUCGCAAAUUUGAGGUUCUUCUACUAUCGAGCCAAACACGGAAUUAUUGCGACGGCGGACGUCGUCAUUGCUACCUUACGUGACAUAAUCGCCGACGACGUCCACGUUAAGCUAGUUCAAUUACAUUUCGGCUGCGUCGUGGGACAUGACACCCUACCGAUAAUAACAAACGCGACAGAAGCACGAAAAACUAUUUUUAAAUCGGCUAAAGAAAUACAAUAUUACCGUUGCUACAACUCAAUGGUUCCGACACACAUGACGGCGCAAUUGCCAUUCGGGCAGGCCGAAAAAGAUUGCGUUUAUUUUCAAUCGUAUAAUCCGUCUUUUCACGCCAUUAAACGAAUGGUUUCGGCGAAUCCCACCUUGUAUUAUAUUUUUGGACAAUAUAAAAAUUGCAAUAAUUAUAUAAAACGCAAGGUGGGAUUCAACGAAUAUUACAUUCCAAACAUAGUUCACUUUGCCAAAUUAAUAAAAAACAAACUUACCGUCAGAUUGGAAAUUGUAAGAAAUUACGGCGAUUUAGAAGACGGAUUAAACGCUUUAAAUAAUCGUCACGGGGAGCGGGAUCACUUAUUUAACAUUUUUAGAGUCAAUUCGUGCUUCGGUACGUUUCAAUUAAAUUGGGUGGAUCACAUAGAAUCAACUAUAGAGAGUUAUAUACAACACUUCCAAAACCAGUUGGUUCUAUGGGAAGAAACCCAUUUAAUUGGAGCCGUUACCGAAAUGUACGACGCGGAGAUCAAAAUUAAAUAUUUUUUGGAAGGGGUUGCUAAAAAUUUAGACUAUCAUCGAUUAACAAAAUUAUUAGGGGGAAAACCAUUGAGCAGCAGCGACGUUAAUGACCAACAAAUACUGACAUACACCCACAAUAUUCAUACGGACAUCAUAAAAUUCGACAAACUCCUUUUUUUCAGACAACCAAUUCCGUUGGGUUGGUUUAAAGACUAUACAAAAAUUUUUCUACAAUGUUGCGACAAAUACGACAUACAACAACAACCUACUUUAGUCUAUUUAAAAGCAGUAGCUCGUAUGUGCUUACUACAAUACGGACCACGUACGAAGACAUGGACCAGACCAGACACGAAUGACUUGGGCAAAAGACACAUAACAUAUCUUUUAAGAUACAGAAGACGAAAUUUUCGUGAACGUGACUGGAGGAUAACAGGAACAACUGACCCGAAAUGUGUUUGGGCUGCACUUUCCAGUCCAACUCAUUCCGGGUUGCAGAUGUUCCUGUCCGCGGUCAAAGAUCAUGAAAAUUUUAGCCUUCCUUAUCUUAAAAGGUACGUUUAUACAAAAAUUGACUACUUCCCGGCCUACUUAAUAACGAAACAUUUACGCAACAUGAAAAUCUGGUACCGGGUAAAGUUUAUAGGACAGCAUGACGAGGAAACCGACGACGAUGACGACAGCAACAACGACAGUAACGACGACGAUAACGACGACGACGACAACAAUGACGACGACGACAGCGACGACACUGACAAUGACAACGACUCCGGGGACAAUGACAACGACUCCGGGGACGACGACGACGACGACAACGACAACCACGACUUAGAACAAGUUCCCCCGCGAUAUCCAGCCUAUCAGGAUUCACCGCUGCCGCCGCCGUCGCCACCGCCUCGAUUUGCCUUAAAACGUGGUCGAGUCUGGCUUCAAGAACCUACUUCGUCGAAAUCGCCGGGGUCGUCGGCGCCGCCAGUGUCACCGGAGUCAUCCGACUCGACUGAAACAAUAGACGAGGAAUCAUCAGAGGCAGAGUCGUCAGCGGCGGCAGAGUUAAGAACAGCAGUCCGUUUAUUAUCGACAUCAUCUUCUUCGGAUCAAAACAAUCCAAGACCGUCAACUUCCUCAAUACAAGAUUCUGGACACGUAUACACGGAAGAAGAGGAAAGCCUCAUUCUACGUUUUGCCCUGAAUAAAAGGAACAAAUUAAAGAACAACAAAACGUGGAAUGAGGCUUCGAUGACGCCCGGUCUGGCACAUUUGACGCCAACAAUGAUUCGAAGAAGAUUUUUAAAAUUAAAGUGCAAACCACAAAAAAUAUUAAUCAAAUUAGGAUUAAGCAAAAAUGAAAUAAAAAUUAUAAAAAAAUUAAUAAAAAGCUAUACCUAA